UUAGUAACGGUACACUUUCCGUCAAAACUUAGUCAUUGGUCAUUCUUUUGUUUGCAUCACGAGAGUACAGUGUAUCGUUGGAUUGUGAACAAUAGUGUAAAAUAGUGGAAAGUAAAAUAAAAUUUUAAAUGUGUUGUAAAAUGAAGAGUAAAUUAUUCAGCUUCAAAUCAAAUGAGUUCGAAAAUGAAGCCCUUGAGGUCCACAACGAAUACAGAAGAGAGCAUGGCGUCGAACCUCUCGUCCUCAAUAAGGAAAUCUGCAAAGUCAGCCAGAAAUGGGCUGACGAACUAGCGAAACGAGACGAAAUGGCUUACAGCCUUAACAAACAUUAUGGAGAGAGCGUUUACUGUGGCUGGUCAUCAGAUCCGAACACGAAAAUACGAGCUAGAGAUUGUGUCGACAAAUGGUACAGUGAAAUCAACCAAUUCUCAUUUGGCAGAGAACCUGACGAGCUCAAAUCUGGACAUUUCACACAAAUCGUUUGGAGAGGGUCUAAAGAGUUGGGUAUAGGAUGCGCUAAAAGCAAAUCAGGAAAACUUUACGUAGUCGCAAAUUAUAGUCCUCCUGGUAAUUAUAACAAUCAAUUCACAAAAAAUGUGCCACCACCUGGAGCUAUGCAGUUCAGAAAAACACCUCACUCGGAAUCUCUGAAGAGAUCUAACAGUAACAUAGCACCUGCGUCACCUAAUCAAAGAAACAGUAAGAAUUUCACAGAACGAGCAACCGAUUUGGUAAAUAAAUUCAAAUCUGCGUCUAUAUCUGGAGAUCAAUUUGAAGAAGAAUGUCUGACAGCUCACAAUGAUUACAGAAGGAAGCACGGUGUUCCUCCUCUAAAACUGAACAAAAAGCUGUGCAAAUAUGCCGAAGAGUGGGCAAAAACUCUUACAAAAAGUGGCAAAAUGCAACAUAGGGACCAAGAUGAAUAUGGAGAGAAUAUAUUCUAUGCCUGGUCUUCUGAUCCUAACUUUGUAGUUUCUGGUAAAGACCCUGUCGAUAAAUGGUACAGCGAAAUAAAAGAUCACAAAUUUGGUAAGGAGCCUACUAAUUUGGGUACAGGACAUUUUACCCAAGUUGUUUGGGAAGAUACCCAAGAAGUAGGUGUAGGUAUAGCUAGAUCUAAAGAAGGACAAGUGUAUGUUGUAGCAAAUUACUUUCCUCCUGGCAACAUGGUUGGGAGUUUCUCUAAAAAGGUACAUCCUCCUGUAUAUUGAAAACAAUACAUUCCUUUUUCUACCAAAGAUAUUCCAAAUAAUUUUACUUUAGAUGUUAUGUUUUUAUUUUUACAAUACUGCUAACUUAUUUAUUAUAUUUAUUAAAUUACAUGUAAUGAUACUAACAAACAAAUAAAUUGACCAAAAUUGUUAUAUUUGUAAA